AUGCUACCUAGAUUUCGCCUAAAAAACGAAAUCGGCAGUGGGACCUACGGAAAGGUCUAUAAAGAGUCGUGGAACGGUGAGGUCGUUGCAGUAAAAAUACUUCGAGAUGGACUUUUCGACGCAAAUGAUACGCACGGCCAUGUUCAAAAAUUUCACGACGAGUGCAAAAUUCUACAACGACUCAGCCAUAAGAACGUUGUUCAACUGAAGGAGUUUAUUAUCACACACACUUCCCCUCCAGUGCUUAUUACCGAACUUUUGGAUUGCGAUUUGGUGAAAUACAUUGGUAGCCUUCAUCCAUGCAAGAUUCCAUUUCCUGAAACAGUCUCGAUCGCUUUAGAUGUAGCCGAGGGGCUGGCUUAUUUACACCAGCAAAAUCCUCCGAUAGUUCAUCGAGAUUUGGCAACUAAAAAUGUGCUUCUGACCAGAAAUAAGCAGGCUAAGAUCGCUGACCUUGGGAUCGCUAAAUGUUUUUCUUUACAGCAAACUAUGUACUCAUCUCCAAACUGCGGAACUCCAGCAUACGCUGCACCAGAGACAUUCUCAACAAAACAAGCUCAAAAGGUCGUCUACGGCGUCAAGAUCGAUAUUUUUUCCUUUGGAGUUAUGCUGAUGGAAGUUGUAAACAGCAGCCGUCCAAAGAUGGAACCCGGUUGGCUUUUUGAUAAAGGUUUGUAUAUAUUUUUUUGUAUCCAAGUAAGCAUUCGUCAAAAUGAAAGACGAUUCAGACGCCGAUCUUUGCAUGAGCCGAACCUAAUUCGAAUUAAGGCCGACCCAAAUUAUUUAGACCGGCUGAUUUGAUUCAGACGCCGAUCUUAAUUGCAGCUGAAUUAAGUUUAAAAGGCGAAAAAUGCUGAUUAAAGUCAAACCACUUACAAAAUACGUUGUAAUAAUUUAUGCAUUAGGUUCGGUACAUGAUAAGUUCGGCGUCUGAAUCAAAGCCGUUCCAAAGUCGCUCCAAAGGCGAAAUUCUCGGCCAGGCUAGGCAAAAAGAACGGCUGAGCCGUUCCGAAUUGAAUCAGGCCUUCCUAACUGAUUCAGACGCCGAACUUUUCAUCUACUUAAUUCAAUUUGUUAGGUUCGGCUCAUGAAAGGUUCGGCGUCUGACCAGGCCGUAGCCUCCCACGCAGAUGUUCUUUUUUCUAGUCAGGCAAUCCUCCCUAACGCAUGACGAAGCCCAAAAGAGAGUCUGCAUGGGAGGCUAGAUUGGAGAGGAAGUGUUGUGUUAUUCGGUGAUACAGUGGGUCGAGUUGUUCGUUGUAACGAACGUUAUUUUUCGUUUCGGUAAAAUUCGUGCAAAAGAAGUUUGAUAUAAUGGAAGUCUAUCAUGGUGAAUAUACAGUCAAACUACACUGAGGGGGUUAUAGAACGUGUUCCUAUUUACGAAGCAGAAAGAAACAGAAACAGUUCUCUGGUCACUAUACAAGCUAAAAAUGUCUAUUGAGAAAUGGAAAAUCUGGAACGGCUCUAUAAAAUGGGUAAUCUCUGAAAGGGGGAAUCUCUAAAAAGGGUAACCUCCCACUCUGACUUUCUUUUAUGUGAUAAGCCAAAAAAAGGCUAUAAAAAGGGGGAAAUCUCUAAGUUAAGAAUCUCUAAAACAAAGAACCACGAUGUGGAUGUGCUACCUCCAAAUCGUUAUUUAUUUUAUUUAUAAUGUAAGUUCCGAUCAGGCCUCAGUUGUUUAAAAAGUUGAUGUCGUGUCUUUACGGAUUUAACCAAGGGUGAUUUGUAUUGAACCAGGAUUCAACCACUAACACACACCAUUGCUAAGUCGUGCACACGUGUGUAUUAAAAUCAUCAUAACAGUCAGAGUGCAUGGUCGAUUAUACAAACAUGGGGGUGGGGCCAGGAGACCUAAACAUUUACAUAUCCUACGGGGGAUGAUGCUAUCCAAACACUGGAUAAAUCUCUAUCCAGUGAAUAAUGUAAUUGGUUUUCCUAAUAUUUGUUCGCUGGAUAGUGAUUUAUCCGGUGAAUAACACUUUUCAACGUUUGAACAACUGGAGCCUGAUCUCAGUUGGUGUUCAAUACUAUUGUUCUUGCUAGCUAGCCAAUCAGAGAGCGGCUUUGAAUGACCGGGCCGAGGAAGACAAAUACUUACUGCAAUAGGCCUUUUGCAUUAGUUGAUCGGGUGAUCAACUUUUGGUAAACACGAAAACACUCGCUUUUGGAAAAUUUUGAUAGCACGAGCUGAAAGAGCAUGUUAAAAUUAGAUAUCCUGUAAAUUUUUAGCCGUAUAUCUAAAAAGUAGCGAUUGCAACGGCCGCCGAAAAUUAGAAGGAUUUGUAUGAGAGAAACGACUUUUGCCACCCAGUCACACUUGGAUGGUUUUCCAUACAAAUCCUUGUAAAUAUCGCAAUUUUCAAACUGUCGUGAAAUAUUUCCUCAAGCUUUAGGUGGUUCAAAUCUCCUUUUAAUUCAUAACAGGCACUUCGAGCCCUAAAAUGAGUAAGGAAAGAUUUAACGACAGUUUAAAAAUUUCAGAAUUUACAAGGAGUUGUAUGGAAAACCACUCUAGCGUGACUGGGUGGCAAGACUUAUUUUUGUCAUACAAAUCAUUCUAAUUUUCGGCGGCCGUUGUAGUCGCUACUUUUGAGAUCUACGGCUGAAAAUUUACAUGUCUCCUAAUAUGAAUAUGCUCUUUGAAAUCGUGCUAACAACUAAUGCAAAAGGCCUGUUCUUAAGGGAUCGUAUUAUUAAACUACCCAGUCAAUAUUUCUAAAACUUAUGAAAUCAACGAUGAAAUAUACGAUGAUACGUCUUUUGCAUUCGUAAAUGGUUAGAGAAUUAUGAAGAACUCAACCAGCCAAUUAACUUUAUCUAUAGUUAUAGCGGGGCUCCCUUGCGCGUGGGACAGAGCCCUAUACUAAUAGAAUAUGGUCAACCUCUUUAACUUUUCGUUUGGUUGUCACGUGACUGACUGAGCGUACGUACGCGUCAACAGAUUGUACGGGUAGGGUGGGGGAUACUAUCAAAAGGAAGGGAGGGGUGUCUUUACAUUGGCCAUUCACAAUAUGGUCAAUUGACAGCUGUCAAAACAGGAUAGCCACUGACCAGUAUCACAUCGCCAUAUCGAGAGCUCAUGUGUCAACUCAUCAAGGUGACGUAAUUUAUUUCGAAGCUGUCCGCGGACCAGUUGUUUUACUAGAUCGCGAUCAAUGUUCAAUCUCAUACUUUGUAGCUAGUUUGAGAGCACAGGAAAACUGAUAAUGCACGCAUCCAUUGGACAUCAAUGUUGUGAUCAAUUGACAGCUGUCAAAACAGGGUAUCCGCUGACCAGUAUCACUUGACCGUAUCGCGGGCUCAGGUUUUGACCCAUCGAGGUCAAGUAUUUUUUGAAGUUAUCCGCUGACAAGUUACUAGCUUUCAAAUGAUCGCAGGCUCAUGUUUGAUUUUUUUUAUUCAUAUGAAAUAUGUUUUGUUUUUGUGCUGCACAAUUAAAAUUUUGAUUUAAAACUGACCUCGGACCCGAAAAUUCAACCAGCGAUUACAGGGAAGACUGUUGCUUUUGACUUUGCUUACCAUGGUCACGCAAUGGUCACGUUCUACGUCCAUUUUUAAGCUCUGAUUGGUCAAAAUUUGACAGGUGAGCUCAUGCGGAAAAUUUAUGCAGCAUCUUGAAUCUUGUUUACUUUGACAGCUGAAGCUGACAGAGUUUUGUGUCAACUUGUGAUGUUUUUAACUGUCUUUUUCCACUGGAUGCACAAAAUGAAAUGCAGCUGCUAUCAGGAGUCUUCUGUUAUUCAUGGCUAGUUGGUUUUUGGUUGAGAAAUUAAUACAUCUCUUGUCAAAGUCGGAAAUCCGAUUUCCGAUGGCAUCGUUUUCGUUUUUCACCUUGCUUGAUGCGUAAAGGUUGAAAGUCUGAAGCGAUACUGGCCUUACUCGAUAGUAAUUACCUUCCAGAAGCUGCAUCUCGAAUGGUAAGCCUCAGUAAUUAUUGUGUUUGAUGUUUGUUUUUUUAUAUCUAAUUUAAUGAAGUCGAGCGUAGUUUAUGCGGCUAUGUAGUUUAUGCACGUUUGUAAGAUUAGAGACAAUAUGAUCUGACCAAGAAUCAGGUUUGAUAUAAGCUUAUACAACUUUAAAAAGCCUUUAGACAUUUUCUCACCGCAAGUAGAAAGAAAACGUUCCAAAGAACAUUUAGUUAUAAUUCUGGCUGCAAAAGAAAGCUUUGAGAGAUUUUCUUGCCCCGAGUUCACCUUUGAAAAUAGUAAAUACCGGGAAGCCGGCUUUAAACAAAAACUUAACCUUUAAGCUUGAAGACUCGGGAUUUUUAGAGACACUUUAAUACUUGUCUUCGUGAAUGAAAAAUGUUGUAUAUGUUUCACCGAAUUAUAUUUGUUCUAUUGAUUGUUGGCAGUCUCUCUUGUAAUUUUAAUCGCUGUGCCGUUUGUUUUCAGUCGUUCAGUGAACAUCGCUUGCAGGAGUACUCAAAAUGCCGCGCGUAUCAAACGCUCUUAAAAGUCACUUGAAUGUGCUAUGUGCUAUGUGCUCUAAAGUUAACUGAAUUGUGGAAUACAAGUUUAUUGUUUGAUUUAAAUUAUAAAUAUAUUAAUGGGAGCCUCGCUUUUAGUCCUGGCUAAAUCUGUAUAUUAGCUGACAAUUAACCAAAAACGGCCGAUUACAAAUCUCGUAUACACCGUAUUCACAAAUGGCGGACACGCGGGAAAAAACUGGUGCCUAGUCAUGAAAGCGAGGCGUUGGAGAGUAAACAAAAAUUGCAAAUGAAGACUUUCAGUGAACUUGCAGAGUGUUUAGCACGGAUUCCACCUAAAAUAACUUUGUAUGGACGUCUUUUUAAAUACAAUGACGUGGGACGUCUUCUGCUUUUAAUGUUUAGUACUGAUUUGCUGUUUGCAAUCAAAAGGGACGCGUAUAUCUUCAAGGAAACAGGAUGAUUUUGUAGGUUGCCGAAGCCUCAGAAGCUCGACAAGUGGGUGAUGGCUAGAGAAAAGCGGCAAACAUGUUGGCCCAAACUUCAUGCUGAAACCGAAUGCGAAAGCCAGCUCACUGCAACUCUGUAAAACAGAAGUAAAAACAGAUAUUGGUGGCAAGAAAAAAAGAAAUAAGCGACGGAUAUAUGGCCUACUUGUCAACGGAAGAGACCUCCGCCAUUACUCAAAACAGGUCAAGUCGAGAGCGGGUGAAAGAUUCAUUUACGAAACUCAUUCAUUCAUGUCAGUGUCAUUUUACACAUAUCUAUGUAUGUCUGUAUUUACAACUUCCUUUGGAUGAUAUUAAUUCCGUCGCUUUGGAGUGAAUUGUUAGAGGUACGUUGGCAGAGCUUAGCAAAUUCAGUGCAAAUUUAAAAUCUUUUGAUUUCUUUGUCAUUGCGAAAUAAAAUAAUUUUAUCAACACUAGAAGCCCUAGUGUGUGAAUCUUAUGGCUUGCUAUUUGCCUGGUCUCCUUUACGGCAUUAUCUCGGAGAGCUCUUGGUAAAAAAGUGGUAUAAAGCUCACAUUUUACUAGGUUAAACUUUUAAGGCAAUGUUUUUGUCAGGACUGAACACAGCAAGCUUCUGUUUCGAAUCAUUAAAUGCGAGUCUGGAUCCGUUUAAGAAGACCUUCAUUUUAUUUAUUUAUGUAUUCUUCACUUUUAAAAUAUUAUGGACCAUGAAGUUAAAACUCUUAACAGCCAAAGAUAAGAAAUAGGAAAAUUACUCGCUGAAAUGAAAUGUGGCCGGCUUACCGAGUCCGCCGAGUAACAAGUUGAAAUUUUGAGCGUACUCCACUCGAUCGCUCCUGCAUUUACACCAAAAAGAUAGUUCUAAUUGAUGUCCUUCACCGAUAAAGACCAGAGAAUAACGUCCUGGCAAAUAAACACCAAACAUAACUUCAUCGAAACCUCAGUCACCGCUUCUUUCCUGUCUUCCUUUUUUCCAUCUCGAUUUGAACUGUUUUGUUCAAUGGCGCACGUCUCUUGCGUGAACAAGUAGGCCAUAUAUCCAUCGCGUAUUUCUUUUUUUCUUGCCACCAAGAUUUGCAUUGUUUAUAUUUCUGUUUUACCGAAUUGCAGUGAGCUGGCUUUCGAACUCGGUUUCAAUGUGAAGUCUGGGCCAACAUGUUUGCCGCUUUUCUCCAGCUAUCGCCCACUUGUCGAUCUUCUGAUGCUUCGGAAACCUACAAAAUCAUCCUGUUUCCUUGAAGAUAUACGCGUCGCUUUUGAUUGCAAACAGCAAAUCAAUACUAAACAUUAAUAGCAGAAGACAUUCCACGUAAUUGUAUUUAAAAAGAGGUCCGUACAAAGUUAUUUUAGGUGGAAUCCGUGCUAAACACUCUGCAAGUUCACUGAAAGUCUUCAUUUGCAAUUUUUGUUUACCCUCCAACGCCUCGCUUUCAUGACUAGGCACCAGUUUUUUCCCGCGUGUCCGCCAUUUGUGAAUACGGUGUAUGGUCGUCGUAAUUCAUUUCAGCUGCUUCUAUUUCUACGCUGUCAAAAACAUUUUCUUAGUGUUUCAACUUUAAUAAAAAUUCGUGUCGCCUGGUACUGCUCAAAGCAAGAACCAUAAUGUCAAAGCUUUGUUUUCUGGGUUAUUCUGCACCGUAGCUGAAUUCCUUGCGUCCGAGCUCUCCUGAAGAAGGGUGGGUCGGAGGUCUCCCUUCUUAGGCCCCCAUGCUCGCAUCAAUCCAUUUCGGAACCCUAUGGUUUCUCGUCCUCAACACGAGUAAAGAUUAGUUGAGUACGCAUCUGAUUUUUCUUUUUAAAUAACAGAUGGUCAACGUAUUCCAGAAAAAGUGCGCCGCAAAGGGGACAUCGAUAAGUUGGGUGACCACAAAUUGAGCAAACUCGUGCUAAAUUGUAUUGAAGACCACAGCGACAAGAGGCCAAAUGCGGUGGAAGUUGUCAACUGUCUUCAAAGAGAGCUGUCAAAACUUCAGAAAAAGGAGCAAAUUUUUCGACGACCAAAGCCUUGCUUGUGUCCAAGGUUAAGAGUUGUUGCCCUUGGAGCGUCUGGUACUGGAAAGACUUGUAUUAUCAAUCGAUUUGUAUAUGGCAGCAACGCUCAGAAAGAGUGCAGUACCGAAGUCGCUACCAUUGGCGAACAAUUCUAUCACAAAAACAUCAGUUUGGGUGAUAAGGACUACCGUUUGGAGAUUAUUGACACCGCGGGACAACAAAAGUUUUAUAGUACUUCUCAUAUGCUCGUACGGAACGUGGAAGGCAUCUUGCUCGUGUUCGACAUACAUAGAAGGGAUUCUUUGCUAGAAGGCAUCCCAAAGAUGCUAAAGCUCCUUGACGCUGCGAAAGCCGAUGCCACCGGAAUUAUUUUGGUUGGAAACAAAGUUGACUUAAAAUCUCGUGAGGUUACCAGUUCAGAGGCAGAGCAAUAUGCUAGAAAACUUGGAGUGCAAUAUAUCGAAACGAGCGCAAAAACUGGCGAAAAUGUCCAAAAAUUGUUUGAAGAGAUGACAAGAGAGAUCUACGAGACUCUAGACUUGUCAGACAUGGACGUUUUCGUUCCAAGUGCAGGUGACAUUCGUAUACAUCUUGAAGAUGAUGCACCUCGUAAUCAAAACAUCUGUGAAAAAAUGCGUAACUGGAUGUGUGGGUGA